AUGCAGGAGGAAGACAUAGAUAUGGAGCCAGCUAUUAUACCGGAGACGUCCUGCAACACAUUACUGGAGACUUGCUUCAUCGACAACCCCCUCUCAGUCCGAACCACGUUGAACAUUAUUGAACACUUAUUACCAUAUUCACAGCUGUUCAACCUGACUAACUUUGUUCCUGGUGAAGAAAUCUUGUUCCCACCACUACCACCACCACCACCAUCAACCACCACAACUACCACCACUACCACCAGACCACCAACUACUAGGAAAGCUAUUACUAGAAGAACUACGACUACUAGGAGACCGACGACCACUAGGAGACGGACCACUAGGAGACCGACGACCACUAGGAGACCGACGACCACUAGGAGAACGACUACGACCACCCGAGCUUGGGACUACCGCACGACGUGUGGUGUACGUCCCCUGGCUCGAGAGGGAAGGAUCGUCAACGGUGAGAGGUCUGACUUCGCUGAGUGGCCCUGGCAAGCCUUAAUUAAAGAAUCUACCUGGCUGGGGAUAUUUACAAAGAACAAGUGCGGAGGUGUACUGCUUAAUAAGCGGUAUGUCCUGACGGCUGCCCACUGUCAGCCCGGAUUCUUGGCAUCUCUCAUCGUAGUGUUGGGAGAAUAUGACCUCUCAGACGACUACGAGCCUAAAAAAGUCAUCCAACGCAACGUCAAGAGGGUCAUCGUCCAUAAGGGUUACGUGGCUAAGACCUUCGAUAACGACUUGGCCCUAUUGGAAUUAGAACAACCUGUGAAUUACGAUGAACAUAUUGUACCAGUUUGUAUGCCCAACGGUGAUGAGGACAUAGUGGGGAAGCUUGGAUAUGCAACGGGAUGGGGACGACUUUCCUAUGGUGGCCCAGUUCCGACGCAGCUAAACGAGGUGGCGCUGCCCAUCAUCAAGAACAAUCAAUGUCAGAAGUGGUUUUCCGAAGCGGGUCAUCCCAAGAAUAUUAAACCGGAGUUCUUCUGUGCUGGGUAUAAGCAGGGGAAGAAGGACUCCUGUGAGGGUGAUAGCGGUGGUCCUCUAUCAGUACAAGGGAAGGAUGGCAGAUGGUUCCUAGCUGGCACUGUCUCUCACGGGAUUAAGUGUGCCUAUCCUAAUCUACCUGGCGUCUAUAUGCGCAUGACCUCCUAUAAACCAUGGAUAGAGGGUAUAAUUAACUAAUCUUCGUGUGUAUAGAAACUUUUAUAAUGUUUUUGGACGAUUAGAGUAUAAUAUUGUCUGCCUGUGUGAAGCGUGUUUAGAUUAUAGGUAUGUUAUAUAUAGAAAAGCUUCAAUAACUGGCUAUAUCACCCUAAGUGCGUCUAUAUCAGUUACAAAAUAGCCACAUGCGUUUAGGCAACACAAAAACCCUGGCUUGUAAUGGAGACUAACCGAUCUCCACCCACGAAUAAUAAUAAUAAUAAUAAACUUACAUUGUAUUAUCGUAAUAGACAUAAAUAUAUAGCUAUCGUUCUUGGCUAUAAUCAACGAUGUCUAAUGUAAUUCAUACUAAGCUAUUUGACGUCUAUAUGUAUGUCUGACUCACUCUCUAUAGAAUAUUCUGAACACAUUAACACAGAAAUAAACAAACUUGGAAAAACAUUAUGAAAUUAUAUAGAGAAAUUAUAGGAGAUUGUCAUGGCUAUACAAUUAUACAAAUAAGAAAAUAUAACUCCCAUGAUAUAUAAUUCGAUGGGGUGUUGAAAUAAUUAUAGAAAUAUUAUAAUAUUUAUGUACAGGAGAGUAUAAUAGUACUGUAUAUAAUUGUCAAUAAUUCCAGUAAUAGUAUUAUAGGUUUAUAUAAUGUACAGUUAAAAGACACCAGAUUAUAGAACAUAAUGUCAUUUGCUUUUUUAUAGUACUGUAUAUAGAUGGAGCAUUAUUGUCCCCAGGAGCAUUUAGAGAAGACUGGAGCAUUUGUUAGCGUUUUAUACGUGAGAAAGAGAAAGGUUUGGGUUUUUUUCAAUUUCACAAAUAAUUGGAAUUAUUCAUUAGUAAACGUAAAUUUUCCUUCCUUCCUUCCUUCCUUCCUUCCUUCCUUCCUUCCUUCCUUCCUUCCUUCCUUCCUUCCUUCCUUCCUUCCUUCCUUCCUUUAUUCAUUCAUUUCUUUCCAAAUAUCUGUUUUAUCUUUCAAUUCAUACAGCUUAAUACAUCAGUGUGUAUUGACAGUCAUACACUCACAGUCGGGAAGGAAUAUGUAUGUAUGUAUGUAUGUAUGUAUGUAUGUAUGACUUAGAGGGAAGCCAUACGAUAUAAAAUGUAUACUCCUCUUGAGUGGCAGGUGUGUGUGUGUGUGUGUGUGUGUGUGUGUGUGUGUGUGUGUGUGUGUGUGUGUGUCGCGAAUAGAUUUAAAUUGCAUAUUAAAUUGAUAUUUGAAAGAUAAA